CGCAAGGUGAGCUGAGUCACAUUCGUGUUUUGGUGCUGUUUUUGAUAAAUUCAACCAGAAAUCUACAUCGUUCUGACGGCGGGACGUCACCGCUAAUAUCCGAGCACCACGCGAUUAGCGACUUGUGCGGACCAGAGAUGUCACCAACUCACCCCGGACGGUUAACUACACAAUAUUCACCUUUAAAUUCACGGUCAACGGCUUUGGCAGUAACCACUUUGGUUUUAAGAGUCAUUGAUGCUGUCCCCGCGAGACGAUGACGACGAUGACACUCAUCUCUGUAUCAAAUGCAAUGCAACAAUCGUAGGCCUUGAUGAAUACGUGAAGCAUCGGAAGCAGCGAUGUGGGAAGAUGUCCAAAAAUGAAACCUCCAAAACAGAUAUUCCGAUUGACUCGUUGGAACCCAGUAGCGAUGUUUUCUUCCAAUCCCUAGAGUUACAAAGUAGCGCGAAAAAGACUUCUUCAGCAAGGUUUACACCACCGAUACCAAUUUCAAAAGCUGUGAUUGAUACAAAAACCACUCUAGCUGAGGCUUCAACUUCCCGGGGACUGCCGCGCAUGAGCCCCUUAGACCACAAUUUGAGAGGCGGAGAUUGGAUCGGCGGUCAUAGUCUGAAAAUUGGCAUCAAUGAGGACAAUCAGACAAAAUUGAUUAAUGCUGUUGCAAGCAUCAGUGGUACAGCCAAAAAAGAGAUUCCGACGUCUUCCUACAAUAUUGCAAGUUACAAUGAUUACAAGGGUGAUGAUGAUUUUGACGAUUCUGAAGUCUCAGAAGACGAAGAUGAAGAAGAAAAUAAUGUGGGUGGAGAGAAGUGGAAACCUCCCAUUAAUUAUACUGGAGGAAAAUGGCGUCCUGCCUCUCCAGAAAAUGAAGAAUGGGAUAUAAGAGAUGAGCAAGAAAUCUCGGGGGGGAAAUGGAAGUCCUUUAUAGCUAAUGACCGCGAGGAAGAUUAUGAUGCACCGCCCCCUGGUCAUACUAAAGGAAAAUGGGUGCCUGGUCAAGACAAAACACAAAUUAUGCAAACGACAAUACAGACAAAAGGGUCAGUUCAGUAUUGGUGUGGACCUUGCAACAGACGAUUGGGCUCAAGAGCCAUUUAUGAAAAACAUUUGAUGUCAAGUUUACAUAUGAGAAAAGUUCUUCCUGAACAUGAACUUGAAUUCUCUGGACAUUUACAGCCUAUGAGGGCCACUGACAAAAGGUCUACGCGGCCUUCGAGGUUUUUGAAUGAUAAAGUAUAUUCACAGUUGCAGAAAAAGAAAAAACGUGCCUCAAACACAAAAUUAACUGUUAAGAUAGAGAAAAAGAAACGAAAGAGGAAACCAUUUUUUGUGCAAUGCUAUGGUUGCAAGACGCGUGUAAGGCAACACCUAAUGGGGAAGCAUUUGAUAUCGCACUAUCAUUUCCGUAAAGCAACGGAUACGAAGAGUACAGAAUAUCAGCAAUCAAUUUUAGACAAUAUGACCGCUAUAGUUCACCAAACUCCUUUCCAGUGCAGUCCUUGCAAGUUUUAUACUAACUGGCUUUCAAGUUUUAUGCAGCAUUGGUUUUCUAAAGAGCACGAUGAAAAAAUGGCUAAUACCGAUGGAAGGUUUUGGUGUUCAUUCUGUAAAUUCGAGUGUGAUGACUCUGGAGGAAUGCUGCAACACAUGUCCGGAUCUGAACAUAGUGAAGUUGUAGCUGUCAUUAACAGAUCUAUGCCUAUAAUUAUUAGGAAGAAAACAAUCUUGAAGUGUGAGACUUGUUGUCUGGAAUUCCGUUACAAUAUGGAAAUGAAGCAGCAUUGUCGGAGUACUGGUCAUGUGCCAGCAUUCACGGCAACAGAUGAAUAUCAGGAGAUUCACGUAUGUCGAUUUUGUAAAGCUAAAUUUAAAACAUCACUAACUUUAGCAGCUCACUUGAAAUCGAAACAUCAACAGAAGGCUUGGUUUUGUUUGGUGUGUGAAAAAACGUUCAGCUCCUCUGAAGAAUCGACGCGUCAUAGACAAACUUCGGAACAUAGAAUAAGGAGUAAAGAGAAAUUAAAAGAAAAGGGAGUACCUUUGGAUUUAAGCAAAAAAUGCCCAUACUGUCCAGAUGAAAUGAUACUGGAGAAUGUUAUUCAGCUUAAAGAACAUAUUCGAAGUAUACACCCUAACAUUAAAAAGAAGUGUCCUAAAUGUGGCAUGGCAUUCGUACUAUCUCAAGAAGUAACGCGUCACGUACGAAGCAACGCGUGUCAGUUCCGACGUGACACUCCGUCCAGCUCAUCAUCACAGCUGUGGAGCUGCAGCCAAUGUCUCUUCACCACCGACUCCCAAGCCGAAUGCUGCUUCCACGAAGUUCUUCAUUCAAAACCCAUAACUGAAAUUCGGAAACUGGGCGACAAGGAAAAAGUCAUCCAUAAAUACGAAUGCCCCGUGUGUCCUAAAGUAUUCAGAAAGGCAUCAUUGCGUCACCAUUUGAGACAACAUACUUCCGAACGACCAUAUUCCUGUGGUACAUGCAAUGCCAACUUCACCCGACAAUCCAGUCUAGCCAACCAUUGUAAAACUGAACAUGGCGCUGCAAAGAAGAUUGACGAAAAAGUGAAGCCGACUAAUGAAUGGAAGUGCGAUAAAUGUUCAGAAAGGUUCACUAACAGGACUGCUUUGAAUCGACAUUCGUGUAGUGAUGCCGACAGAAGAUGUCCACACGAUCAGUGCGAAUAUGUAGCUGCUUCUCCAGCACAGCUUGCCAGACAUAGGCAAGCUCAUGGAGAUAUUGGCAAACGACAUGAUUGUCCAUAUUGUGACUUCAAGACUAACCAGUCGAGCCAUCUAAAGCGACAUCUGACAUGCCAUGAAGGAAUUAAGCCAUAUGCUUGCCCUCAUUGUGAUUUUACUUGCAGGUGUCAGGAAAACCUCAAGAAGCACUGUCGGCGACGUCACCCCGACCUUUGUCUCUACAAAUGUGACUCUUGCUCCUUUGGCACCAAUUUGGCUAAAGAACUGCGCUCACAUUUAACAGGCUCCCAUUCAAAUACCUACUCUGACAACCGAAAAGCCAUCCAGGCGGUCAAAAUGCAGCUGCUCUCGAACGAAGGCAAACGAUUAGAGAUUGAGACAGGAGAUGAUGAAUAAGAGUUUGUUUUAUAGUAUUAAGUAUAAUGCUGUGAAUCCAUUGAAUUUGUGACUCGUAUUUUCUGUGGUUCAUAAAUUUGUUUAUCCAUGGAACAGUAAAUACUUCCAAGGGUUACUUAGUAUUUAAAUGCACCGGGAGAUGGCGGUAGCUGGUUUUUACUUUUGCUUUUUACAAAAAUCAUUACAGUAAAAUUAAAUGAAGUUUUGGAUAGGAUUAUUCUUCCUUCAAACAUGCUAUUGUCAUAUGUGUAAUGAAGUUUAGCUACAUUAAAAUAAAUGUUUGAAAUGGCGAACAUUUUUUUUAUUACUGGUAACACCGUAAUUGCUAAUGUCAUCUGAACAGCCAAUAGGCGCCACACGCGCCGAGAAAUAAAUUUUUAUUCGCGUCAGAAUUGCGCCGGUGCGCGGUUUGUUUGUGAGAUUGUCUCAAGACGAAAAUAAUAUUUCGAUCGACUGCGUAGCGUACACUCACUAUUAACACGAUUUUGUUUCAUAAUAAUUAUUUGACAUUUUUUUAUAAUACAUAAGGUGAUGCAGGACUUUUUAAAUGCCGUGUUAUAGUGUAAAUAAUAUUAAAUUUCAGUAGAAGUGGCGGUGGAGUGCGAAAUUUUAAUUGAUUUGAUUAACAAUGACUGAAAUUUACCACCUGUGAGACCACGACCGACUGAAUUGUAAAAUGUCUUUAAAG